AUGUUUUCCGGCAAUAAGAAUGUGAAACCAUCCACCAAAGUGGAUUCGGAAAUGAAGUUUCGCAAUAAGCGCAUCAUCGAAACUUUCGUUAGGAAUGCCGACGUGCCGAAGUGGUAUCGCGGCUUGUCCUCAUUUCAACUUACAGCCGCUUCCCAAUUGCAAUAUGCCAUACGUGAUGACCUCGAACAGGGUACAACACAUCGUGUAAAGGCUUUACUAGAUCGUAUUGGUCUACGUCCAACCUUGGGUGAAUCGCAAAUCAGAUUCGUUAUGUUUCUUAGUGGAUCGAAUGAUUUAGCGUUUUUGUGGUUCGUUAAAGAGAUGUACUACAAUAGUGACAAUACGAAUUACAGUGUAAAUGAACAGUUGAUUUUCUCAAGUAUUGCUGGAUUGGAUUUAGUAUUUACACUUCGCGGUUUGGAUCGAGUACUACCGCCACAGCAACCGACGAAGCGAGAAAUACGUCGCAUGAAAAUUGCUGAGCAAAAAAACGCCAAAAAGCGUUUACAAAACGCGAGUUCUUCGAGUGAAAAUAGAACGGUUACUAGCAUUCGAAUUAAAUACAAAUUGCCAUACUUUGAUGAAUUAGUACGUCCACGACUAUAUGAACAUUCUUUGAUAUCGCAUCCGCCUGCUUGUCGGUCGCAAUCAGCGCAUAAAGACAUUAGGGAUUUGACUUAUGUGACACCGAACGAAGGUAAUCGCUGGUUUGCCGAAUAUAAUUUACAACCCGGAAAGAGAACGGGAGUGCAAAUGUUGACAGAAAAAAUUAAUGAAAUGCUGAAAGAAAAAAUUCCAAAACAGUCGUUGCUGGUGAAAAACGUCUUUGAUGAGCAUGUGUACAAGAAUAUGAGAUUGACCAAUGAACACAAUGAUAAUGAGUUGCAAAAGAGUCUUUGUUUGCAUCAUAAAACUCUGCUCGAAAUGGAGAAAACUAUCGAACAUGAACUGAGAGUAAGAGCGCGGGAGAAAUGUCUAAGGUAUUUCGACGCUGAGACUCCUAAAAGUGAGGAGCGUAUUGGACGCAUUCGCCGUCAGAUUGAACAGGACGUCAACGUACACAUGAAACAGUUAAAAAAACUGGCUGACCGGACACGCAGCCAUCUACAGAUAUGGUCUCAGGAAAAUAUACACGACUGUGAUUCAAAAAUAGAGACUCUUUGGCAUGGUGUCGCACAAAAUAAAUGUACGAAAAGUGAACGCGUGAUUCGACAGGGAGGCGAAAACUACUUAGACGAACGCAAUAAGCCAACGAGUUCAAAAAGUGCUAUUAAUAUUAACAACAUUUCCGAAAAGCAAUCAAAUCCAUCUCAAGAAUCUAUUGGAGGUUACUUAAAUGUGCAAUCGCAGAUACGAUUAAAAUGCUGCAAUAAAGAAGGUGUAUGCAGGAGCUCUGCCGCAGAGCACAAACGGAAGCGGGGAAGCUCGAAUGCUUCUAAAUUACAACGUGUGCGCGAUAUACUUCAUAACAAGACGUGCGACUGUGGUUACAAGUAUAUGGAAAACUAUGAUUAUGGACAUUCAGAGGGGCAGCAAAACGAAAGUAAUCCAUAUUUUAAGGCACCCGAGGAAAAUCAACCAUAUAAGUUUGACUAUCCGAGAGUAUUCCACUUCCAAAAUGAUAAUUCUCCGCUCAACGUGCAGAAUGAAUUUUUAAAAAUUAUCACUAGCGACUUGAAUUUGAAUAAAAACGAUCCAAACACACCAAAAAAUUUGAACGAAGCAAUUAAGCAGUAUGCUAAGAAAAUAUUUAAAGAAAGUGUAGCCGCUAAAAACGAAGAAUUGGCUGAGCAGCAGAAGCGCAAUGUAGGAACGGGACGACGAUAUCCAUUUUUGGAUGCAAAGCUAGAUUACUAUGAUCCAGACGAUGAGAAAUUAAUGCAGAAUAUGUUGAAAAAUGCGCUAGAGUUCUUAGCUAACGAUCCCAAAUAUGUGUUAGCCUCUAUGCCGGAUGCACACAAAUUGCCCUCACUCCUUUCUUGGAUUGAGACACGUUACGGCAAAGAGUAUACGCGUGAGCAGCUGCGUAAGGUGCACGAUGACAGUAAGGCGACUAUUCAUGCGCUCAAACAGAUGACUGUCGAUGUUAUGGUACCUUCGGCCAAGCUGUUGGGCGAGGCUAUAAUGGUCAAUUACAAUUGUCGUGAUUAUCUCGUGAAGAAGACUAAAAAGCUGCGCAAGGAGUAUUACGAUAAGGUGAAUGCCUCUAUUAUGGAUCAAUCGCGUACCUUCUACAUGGCAAUCAAGCCGAAUAUUUGUGGAAAUGCAAGAGACACUUUCUUCGCCUAUAUGCCGGCGCGCGAAGCAGAUAUACAACAAUUCCGCAUUUGGCGACCGCAUGAGUACAUGCCCGCCAAGGAGGAGUUCUUUAAGCAAAAAUGUCGUGCUAUGAAGUUGGCUAGGCGUUUCUACUAAGCGAGGAUAUGAGUUAGACUUUUUUUGGCAUUGGUGUAGUGCAGUAAGCAUAAAAGAUGUUUAGUAUAUUUCUUUAAAUUUUUGUAAAAAUAAAUGUAUAAUAUAAAUU